AUCAAAGAAAAACAGUACAGAAGUUUAUAUAUAUAUUUCUUUAUAUAUAUAUAUAUAUAAAAAACAGAAGGAAAUAUGGAUUCCGAUUUGACUGAUGAGCAAGUCGAGGAGCUCAAGCAAGCCUUCGACAUUUUUGACAAGGAUGGCAGUGGCACUAUCACUACCGAUGAGCUGCGCAAUGUAUUGACCUCACUAGGGCAAACCCCAUCUGAGGACGAACUGGAAGAAUUUCUUCAACAGAUGGGUGGUGAUAAUGGGAUGGUUCGCUUUGAUCAAUACUUGAUCUUCAUGGAAAAAUUAAUGUACCCUAAUGGUGCGGUUGAAUGAAGGAAUCCUAACUUUCAUGCUCCGUUUGGAUGAAGGAAUUACAAA